UGUUUAGUGUUGGCAGUAGUAUUGGCACAAUGGCACAUAAUACAAAAGGAGGGUUCUUGCAUGAAAGCCAAAGCUUAUUGGAUACUGGCGUGUAGUUCCAUUACACUUGUGCGCAUAUAUCAUCGCUCUCUGCCGUCUUUCUCUUCCCCCUUCUCUCUCUCUCUCUCCCUCUCCCCACUCUUUUGCUUGUAAUUGUACCGACAUGGCUCCGAGCAAAUGGGGUUUCUCUGCUUCUGCUUAGAACUCACUUAUUAAGCUCUGCUUCCACUUCUUCCACAAGUUAUUGCAAUUGGAUUCUUCCUCAUCAACCUCACUGUUGAAGGGGGCAUUGGAUGAAACAUACGAAUUCGAAUUAAGCAAGACUUGUUUCUGAGAUCAUUUUAAUAAGAGGAAGAAAAUGGCUAUGCAAACUGUUUAUUUCAAAGAACAUGAAGGACUUGGGCAGUUGUCAUCAGUGUUACCUUGGUGGGGUACUGCCUUUGGAUCUCAACAAGUUCAUGGCGAAUCCUGUGGCCAGUCAAAACCUUUUACCAUGGAGCUUCCCAAUAGUGGAGACCAACUCACUGCCCCUAAGCAACCCGGGCGGGGCACUGAACAAGGACUGGAUAAAGGGAACACAAAUCAGUUCACUAUCUUCCCUGGGGAUGGGAAAAAAUCUCAGCCAGCGAUCUCUCUGCAAUCAUCCCCACCAAAAUAUCGUGGUCAUUUUGAGCUGGGAUUCAGCCAACCUAUGAUUUGUGGAAAAUAUCCAUACAUGGAUCAAUGCUAUGGACUCUUCUCAACAUAUGGACCUCAAGUUCCGGGACGUAUUAUGCUGCCACUGAAUUUGACUACAGAUGAAGGACCAAUUUAUGUCAAUGCUAAGCAAUACCACGGAAUCAUCCGGCGCCGACAAUCCCGUGCAAAGGCAGUCAUGGAGAAUAGAGCAGCUAGACACCGUAAGCCCUAUAUGCAUGAAUCACGCCAUCUUCAUGCCAUGCGCCGACCAAGGGGAUGUGGUGGUCGUUUUCUGAAUACCAAGACUGCGAAUAAUGGGAUAGGUAGAAAUGAAAUUAAGCUAGUUGGUGAUGUGCAGCUGUUUAGGCACUCCGGUUCUCAGAGCUCUGAAGUCCUGCAAUCUGAGAGUGGAACUUUGAACUCAUCAAAAUCAAAUGGCAGCAGUUCCAACAUAUCAGGCUCAGAGGUGACCAGUAUGUACUCGAGGGGAGAUCCUUUUUCAAUGAAUCAUCAUCAUCUCGGGCCCUCUGUGCAUUAUGGCAUGGUUAUGCCCACAAAAUGGAUUGCAGCAGUGGAUAACUGCUGCAACCUCAAAGUCUGAUAGCAAGCGAAAGAUGGGGUUGGUGCUAACUUGUUACAUUUACCCCAUCUUUUCUGCGACCAAAUGGAGAAGCUUAGUUGCAGACUUGCAGUUACUGUUAUGGUUAUUGCAACAAGUUUUGGUUCACAGGAUUGUCCUGCCACCAUUUGGUUGCUAUCAGAAGGCAAUUCAUUCUUGGCUCGUGGGCAACGGGGUGUUUACUUCCAUUCCAAGCAAUUCUGCUGUUCGGUUGGCUGGUGAAAAUCCCCAAUGCAUCACAAAUUAAUUAAGUAGACUAUCUAUAUGGCUCUCUUCCCUUAAAUCAGAAUAAGAUCGAACAUGAGAGUCCGGUAAUUAUUUGUAUGUGUUUGUGACCUAAUAGUAUCUAAGUAUCCGUAUUUUAGACCUCUUCAACUGGUGUAAUGUACUAAUAUACAAACUGUAUGUUUGUGUUGUAAUCUGACAGUUUGCAAGAAUAAUGUAAGCCUUAUAUAUUUUUAUCAGCCAUUUCAGGAACACUA